UUAUAGAGCAUCAUGCUCUUUUACUUGUGUAGGUGUUGUUACAUCGAUUUGUACUCUUGUGAUCAUGGGCAUUGCGAUCUUCUAUAUUCGACGAAAGAAACGAUGUUUUUCUCAAAUUAUUACAUGUGGUCCGUCUUUUAUCGAGGGCAUUGAGAAAACGGGUACAUAUUAUGGCGUUCAAAUUUUCAGCUAUAGUGAACUCGAGAAGGCCACGGGCCAUUUUGAUUCCAACAAACAACUCGGAGAUGGAGGCUAUGGUUCUGUCUAUAAAGGAAAACUUCGUGAUGGGCGUGUAGUUGCGGUGAAAAUAUUAUACGAAAAUAACUACAAGAGGCUCGAGUAUUUCAUAAAUGAGGUUGAGAUCCUAGCGCGUUUGCACCACCAAAACUUAGUCACCCUUUAUGGGUGCACUUCUUUCAAGAGCCGAGAGCUCUUGCUUGUUUACGAGUACAUACCAAAUGGAACACUCGCGGACCAUCUCCAUGGCGAAAGAGUGAUCAAACCCGGUUCACUUUCUUGGAACACACGGUUGAACAUAGCAAUCGAAACCGCCAAUGCCCUAGCCUACCUUCACGCUUCCGAUGUAAUCCAUCGCGAUGUAAAGACAACCAACAUUCUCAUCGACAAUAACUUUCAAGUUAAAGUGGCUGAUUUUGGGCUCUCACGUUUAUUUCCACUUGAUGUCACUCAUGUCUCAACUGCUCCUCAGGGUACUCCGGGGUACGUGGACCCGGAGUACCACGAAUGCUAUCAUCUAACGGACAAGAGCGACGUUUAUAGCUUUGGAGUGGUACUUGUCGAGUUGAUAUCAUCGAAGUCAGCUGUUGACAUAACAAGGAAUCGACAAGAGAUCAAUUUGUCAAUGAUGGCGAUCAACAAAAUUCAGAACCACUUGUUGCAUGAACUUGUGGAUCUAGAUUUGGGAUUCGAGUCGGAUUUCGAAGUAAGGAAAAUGAUAACCGGGGUAGCUGAAUUGGCAUUUCGGUGCCUUCAAAGUGGAAGGGACAUGAGACCUACAAUGAAAGAAGUGGUGGAGGCUCUUAAAGGGAUUCAAAGUGACGGAUACAAUUUGAAGAAAGCCGAUGAGCUUGACAUUUUGGUUGAUAAUAAUGUUCAUUGGCUUAUAAGCAAAUCGACGACACCAAAUUCAAGUUUAUGAAGAUCUAUUCCGCUUUUAGAUUUCAUUGUCACGUUGUUAUGAAAAGUUGAGUUAUUUGUAAAAAUA